AACAGCCGCUGUGGGAGAGCGUCGCUCCGUCCGUUACGACUGUGCCGUGGAUACACCACGCACUCGGGAGAGUCUGGUGUUUCUGUAGGCAAAAUCAUUGGUGCGGGUGUCCUGUUCGUGGGUGGAGGGGUAGGUGGAACCGUCCUGUACGCCAGCUAUGAUCCACAAUUCCGGGAGAGCGUCGAGAAGGCUGUGCCCUACUCGGAUAAACUCUUUGAGCUGGCGCUUGGUCCUGCACCUUACAGCGCCCCGAUGCCGAAGAAACCGGUAAGUCAAGGUCCACUGAAAAUCUCCUCUGUAGCGGAAGUAAUGAAAGAGUCUAAACAGCCCACUAGCAAAUCCCAGCUGAGCAAACCAGAAGCUGUUCCUCCUUCAGAGGAAAAAGAAGCGGGCAAGGCUGCAGCACAGAUCAUCUCUGCAACAGGUGUGGCCAUGUCGGUGCCAGCUCCGGGGAUAGAGACUGAAGAAGGUAAAGAACCUCCUGAAGAUUCCCGUGCCGUAAAAGAACGGUCACCAGAAGAAGUUGCGGCCCGGCUUGCCCAGCAAGACAAAGAGGAGCAGGAGAAGAUAGCGGCCCUUGCAGCAACUCUCGAAGGAGCCCUGAGCACAACAGCGCGUGUAACCCUGCAGGCGAUCACUGCCCAGGAGUCCGCAGUGCAAGCAGUGAACGCCCAUUCGCAAAUACUGAAGGAGGCCAUGGACAAUUCUGAGGCUGCCGGGGAGAAGAAGUCAUCGCAGUGGCGCACGCUGGAGGAAGCGCUGAAGGAUCGGAGGAGAGCGGUGGACGAAGCCGCCGACGCCCUUCUGAAAGCCAAAGAAGAGUUAGAGAAGAUGAAAGGCGUAAUCGAGAACGCCAAGAAGUCUCAGAUCGCGGGAGCCAAAUCUCACAUUAUCGCUGCAGAAGAAAAUCUUCAUCACAUGAUUGUUGACUUGGACAACGUCGUGAAAAAGGUUCAGGCAGCACAAUCUGAGGCCAAGAUAGUAGCUCAGUAUCAUGAGCUGGUGGCUACGGCUCGAGAGGAGUUUCAGCGAGAGCUCGACAGCAUCACCCCCGACGUGCAGCCGGGCUGGAAGGGGAUGAAGAUAACUGACCUAGCUGGCCAGCUGUCCACAGACGACUUAAAUUCCCUCAUUGCACACGCUCAUCGUCGCAUCGACCAGCUAAACAAGGAGCUGGCGGAGCAGCGGGUGAGGGAACAGCAGCACAUCGAGUCAGCCCUGGAGAAGCAGAAACUGGAAGAUAAAAAAGCGUUUGAGGCAGCUGUGGCCAAAGCGCUAGAGCAUCACAAAAGCGAGAUUGAAUUAGAACAGGAGAAGAAGGUUGAAGAAGUCCGAGAGGUGAUGGAGAGUGAAAUGAGGACCCAGCUCCGGCGGCAGGCUGCUGCCCACACCGACCAUCUGCGAGACGUUCUUAAGAUCCAGGAGCAGGAACUCAAGGUGGAAUUUGAGCAGAACUUGUCGGAGAAGCUCAGUGAACAAGAAAUGCAAUUCAGACGCCUUACUCAGGAACAGCUCGACAACUUCACGCUGGAUAUCAACACUGCCUACGCCCGGCUGAAAGGAAUUGAGCAAGCAGUAGAGAGUCACGCAGUAGCAGAAGAGGAAGCCAGAAAGGCCCAUCAGCUCUGGCUUUCUGUUGAAGCGCUCAAAUAUUGCAUGAAAACGGCCUCCGGGGAUAGUCCCACAGAACCGCUGGAGAGCGCAGUGAAGGCCAUCAAAGCCAGUUGCUCUGACAACGCGUUUACAGAAGCCUUAACAGCAGCUCUCCCGCAGGAGUCCCUGACACGGGGGGUGUACAGCGAAGAGGCCCUCCGAGCCCGUUUCUACACGGUCCAAAAACUGGCAAAGAGAGUGGCUAUGAUCGACGAAACGAGAAACAGCUUGUAUCAAUACUUCUUGUCUUACCUGCAGUCGCUGCUUGUGUUUCACCCUCAACAGCUGAAGCCGCCCACCGAGCUCAGCCCCGACGACCUCGACACGUUUAAAUUACUGUCUUACGCUUCGUACUGCAUCGAACACGGAGAUCUGGAGCUGGCGGCUAAAUUUGUCAACCAGUUACGGGGAGAGUCAAGGCGAGUGGCGCACGACUGGCUGACCGAGGCUCGGAUGACCCUAGAAACAAAACAAAUCGUGGAUAUCUUGACGGCGUAUGCCAGCGCGGUGGGGUUAGGAACAACUCAAGUGCAGUGAGGCAGGAACGUCAUUUCGGAAGUGGUUCAGCAAUUGUUUGUGCUGGAAAGAAAUCCCA